GCAAAGAGAAAGGACACAGCUCUCUCACCGCAGCACGCACACGUACAACCCACAGCACACGCACAGCACCACAGAGGAGUUUACCAUGGGUCGCAGGAAAGGAUCACCGCCUGCGGCUGGAGCAAAAAAGCCCGGGACGAAAUCAAACGCAGAGAAAAAGAGCGACGAGGAGGAGCGAUCACGGCAGGCAGCAGCUUUCCGUACGGUCAUGGGGUGGGCAGACACAACAACACGGAAGCGUCAGCGAGUCAGUUGCGAAGGUGCUACCAACGACGAGGAAAGUGCGGGUGAGAGGAGUACACCGACGACGAUAUCUGACGUCGGAAGAGGCAGUACGAGCCAGGCAGUACAUUACACGUCGUUCGUGGGGCAUCAAAUAACUCCGCAACCGCUUCAACCCAGUCGCCGUCUUCCAAGGGGAAAGGCAAGGGGAAAGCUCGUAGAGAACGUCCCGUAGGAGCAGCGGCAUCAGAGGUAGUUGCAGCAACAGAGGGGCCGGAAGCAGGAGGGACAGUAGAACCAGCUGCAACAGUAACAGCAGGAAUGCCACAAGCACCAACAGCAACAUCACCAGCAGCGGCAACAGCAACACAAGCGGCAACAGCAGGAGUAACGUCAGCAAGCCCACCACCAUCUACCGCUCCUGUUCCUCAACCACCGGCACCGCUACUAGCGGCUGGGGCGGCGGAUUUACAAGGGGAACAAAGACGAGGACGAGGCGGCACUGCAAGCUCUAGUUCCUGUGCUGAAACUCGACCAACAGCUGCGGCAGGAGGCACGGCAGGUGCCGUUACAGGGGGGACGAUAGCUCAAGCUGCGGCUGUGGCGGCGGCGGCCGUCGGAGCAGCAAGCAUAGGUCAAGGCAGUGGCAGAGCUAGACGGGAAACACAAGGAGGUGGAGCGGCGGGAACGUCAGCUCCCCCUCCCGUCGGCGGGGGUGGUGUUGAGGAUAGCCAACGNGCUCCCGAAGUGUGUUACGAUGUAGAACACCUAAGGAUUGCCGAAACUUUCUCCGUUCCUUCUGAAGCCACUGCUUGUUCGCGUGGAUACCCGAGUAUUUGUUCCCGGAGCUAGCGCUGGCGGGAAUUCCGUGUCCAAGGUGCGGGAAAAGGGGUUCGCCAGAUGGAUAGAAUCCCAAGGGGCCACGACGGGUGUUCAUGGAGGAAGACGUGGGGUACAUCAUAGGAUUCCGGUACAAGUGCGAGCGGUGUGUUGAAUACAACGGGACCGUGGAGGAGUCGGAGCAGCGCCCUACCAGUUUCAACGCGUGGGAUGUCGGAUGCCUGGAUCGCCUUCCUGACUACGUGUCGAAGGAAUUUUUUCCGUUCAUUCUGACUCAUCGGUCGGGUAUCGACAUUCGUCUUGUCGACCGGCUCGCAGACGACCUGGCCCAUGGGAAGGGCUNACCGCUGCCAAGUACAUCCGUCAGGCACACACGAGGAAGUUUAUGGUGUAUCAACUGAAGUACGUGUCACUGGCUGACGCCCGGCGAUCGAGCCGGGUGAGCUUGUUCGGAGCGGCCCCAGUACCAGAGAAGUUUGGGAGUUCGAUGACACCGAGAAGUAUUGCGGUGCGGUGCUUUCGGACCACUACCUGCGGGACGUGUGGCGCACGUACUUCUCAGAACUUCCUGUGCUGGGGGUGGAAGGCGUGAAGUGGACGCGGGAGGACUAUUUGCCCCGCGUGCACCAGCGCUGGGACGGAACCGUACUCGCUGGAGAUGCUUCGUUCAAGUUUGCGAAGAUCAUACGGCUAGGGGCAACAGCGCACGGAGAGCGCACCCGCCCCGUGCACGGCAUUUUCACAGUCUUCAACGAUUACGAGCAGGUCCAGUAGCAUGCGCCUCUCGCCGUCCGUAGAUAUGUUUCGUUCGUACUUUGAGCUUGUUUCCCCUGUGGUGUUUCGUCGUAGGGGUGUUUGCGUGUUAGUCCUUAGGCCUUGUGCCGUGUUGCCGUGUGGUGUGUGCGAAAUUGGUUCCACCUGGGUUCUCUCAUGAAGCUUGAGCCGUGAUCCGAUUUUCCACUCGCUGUGUUCCCUUCUUACAUGCCUCUUGCCAGUUUUCGGCGCGCACAGAGCGAACUGAAAUGCAUUUAAGCACGGAAGAAAAGGGUGUUCCCGCCCUGCCUUUGCAAUGUCUGCCGUGGCUCAUACACUGAAAGCUGAAUUUUACUUGUAUAUACGUAAAACGGGCAUGGGGUUCCUGGUGUUCUUGUUGUAUAAAACCGCCCAGCAAUAUGAUGCAGGGAGGAACCGGUUAUUCUGUGGUAGUAGCUUGCACCUGAAGCGUGCGACACAGCAGUAGCAGUUACGCGUCAUGGNUU